GAGCCAGAAGAAUACAUGAAGGAUAUGUAGUACAUCCGUGUCACAGUUCAGAAAUAGAUAGAAAAAUUCAGAAAAUAAACCACCACCUUCAGUUCAGACUGCCUCUGCUCUGCAUCGUCCCCGUCUCCGGCUUGAUCAGCAUGAACCACGAAUGAAUCGACCGACCUAGAAAUCGGCUGCAUUUUAAUGAAAACACAGGCGACUGCAUUUUAGCUAAUCUGCAGAAAAUCUGAGUUUCUUAGCUGGAAUGAAGCCAAGGAGAUGCAGUUGCUAGAAGAUUGAGGGCUAAUUAAACAAGGCAGCUAGAAUGACUUGUUCCUGGCGUUUCUCUUUAUGCAUGGUAUAAUAGAGUUGAUGUAUCGAGGAUGCAUCGUGACCAUCGCCGAUGUGAGGAUGCUUGGCUUUUCGACACCCACCACCCGUGCUCUCCUCCUCCUGCUCAUCUUCUUCUUCUACCUUCCUACUGUUGCCAUCUCCUUGUCCUUCAACUACUCCACAUUCAGCUCAGCGGACCAGAACGCCAUCAAGAUCGAAGGCGACGCAUCCUUCAGCGUCGGAUGGGUCGACAUCAGCGCCAACAGGUACGGCAGCAUCGACUACAGCAAUGGCCGGGCGUCGUACAAUGCCCAGCCGAUGCUGCUAUGGGACAGGGCGACCGGCGAGGUUGCCAGCUUCACCACGCGCUUCUCGUUCGUCAUCUCCGGCAACAUCAGCAGCAAGGGGCAAGGCAUGGCCUUCUUUCUCGCCGGCUACCCGUCCAGCCUGCCAGCCCGCUGCCCUGACUACAACCUCGCCCUCACCAACCAGAGCGCGGAUGCCGUGGCGGCCGGCGACAGCCGGUUCGUGGCGGUGGAGUUCGACACCUUCAACAAUACGGUGGUGUCUGACCCCCACGACACCUUCGACCACAUCGGCAUCGACAUCAGCUCCCUCCGGUCCGUGCGCACACUGACUAUGCCGAGCUUCGAGCUGACGGGCAACCUGACUGCCGACAUCAACUACGACAAUGUUACCAGCAUCUUGUCAGUCACGGUGUGGCUCGGUGAUGAUAAUGCCGGCCAUCCGAGAAACCGGAGUUACAACCUUCGCUCCAAGGUUGACCUCAAAAGCGCACUGCCGGAGCAGGUCUCGGUUGGCUUCUCCGCAUCCACAUCCAACGCCAUCGAACUGCAUCAGCUACACUCUUGGUCCUUCAGAUCUUCGUUGGAACCGCCGCCGCCGCCGCCAGCAGCAGCAAUAUCUUCCCCGUCAAGGCUGGGUCCUGGAGUUAUAGCCGGGGCAGCUGCUGGUGCAUCAGUGUUCCUCGUGCUCAUCUUCGCUGCUACAGUGGCACUCGUUGUGCGUCGCCACCAUCAACAAAAAAUGGUGGAGACGGAUGAGUACCACACAGACUCGGAAGGCGAAGGUGACCCGAUGAUGGAGAUCGAGAUGGUGAAGGGGCCAAGGCGGUUCCCAUACCACGAGCUCGUGGAAGCGACGAGGAACUUUGCCGCGGAGGAGAAGCUUGGGCAAGGUGGCUUUGGUGCGGUUUACCGAGGCUACCUGAGAGAGCCAGCUGGGCUUCCCGUGGCCAUUAAGAGGUUCUCCAAGCAUGAUUCUUCCCUGCAAGGAAAGAGGGAGUACAAGUCAGAGAUCAAGGUGAUAAGCAGGCUGCGCCACCGGAACCUCGUGCAGCUCCUCGGCUGGAGCCAUGGCCGCGAGGAGCUCCUGCUGGUUUACGAGCUCAUGCCCAACCGCAGCCUCGACAUCCAUCUCCAUGGCAAGCAGGGCACCUUCCUCACAUGGCCGAUGAGGAUGAAGAUAGUGAUGGAGCUCGGGUCCGCGCUGCUCUACCUCCACGAGGAGUGGGAGCAGUGCGUGCUGCACCGGGACAUCAAGCCCAGCAACAUGAUGCUAGACGAGUCAUUUGGAGCUAAGCUGGGCGACUUCGGGCUCGCAAGGCUUGUCGACCAUGCCGCCGGGACGCAGACUAUGACCGCAGUCUCAGGGACUCCGGGCUACUUGGACCCCCAGUGUGUCGUCACCGGCAGGGCCAGCGCCGAGUCAGACGUGUACAGCUUCGGCGUGGUUCUGCUGGAGGUGGUGUGCGGCAGGAAGCCGAUGAGCUUCACUGCGACCGAUCAGGACCAGCAACAAAAGAACGGUGGCGUGUUCCGGCUGGUUGAGUGGGUUUGGGGGCUGUACGGCCAGGGAGCCAUUCUUGAGUCCGCCGACGAGCUGCUGAAUGGUGACUUAGACGCAGCAGAGGUGGAGAGGGUGCUGGUCGUCGGGCUGUGGUGUGCACACCCGGACCCGAGCGCGCGGCCGACCAUCAGAGAAGCCAUGGCCAAGCUCCACUCCAAGGUCGACAAGCUGCCGGUGCUCCCCUCCAAGAUGCCGGUGCCGACAUAUGCUCAGCCACCGUUCGCCUUGGACCUGGACGACGGGCUGUCAAAGUUGCUGACAUCGUCCACCAGCACCAGCGUCCCAGCGCACACCACUUGUACGACAACCAGUUCUUCGGACGGACGUGAAAAAGUGUUUGUUUAUGAUGAAUCAUGGUUUAAGGGACACAUAUUGUUGGUGAUGAAGGAAAUGAAGCAAGAAGCUUCUGGCCAUCAUGGUAUGGCAAUGCAAGAAAAGCCCAAGCAGACAGCAGACACUGGUUUAUCAGAAAGGCUGAAAGAUUCAAGGGCACGGAAUGCUGUCAGCAGCCAAAAAGGGACCCCAGGGUGGUUCCAACUUGCUUGUAUUGUCAGUUUAUGCGUCGAGGAUGCAUCGUCGCCGGCGCCCAGGAUGUCUGGCUUUUCGACAGCAACCAUCUGUGCUCUCCUCCUCAUCUUCUUCCACCUCCCUGCUCCUGCCGUCUCCCUGUCCUUCAACUACUCCACCUUGAGCUCAGCGGACCAGAACGACAUCAAGAUCGAAGGCGACGCGUCGUUCAGCGUCGGAUGGAUCGACAUCAGCGCCAACAGGUUCGGUAAUAUCGACUACAGCAAUGGCCGGGCGUCGUACAAUGCCAGGCCGAUGCUGCUCUGGGACAAGGCGACCGGCAAGGUGGCCAGCUUCAGCACGCGGUUCUCGUUCGCCAUCUCCGGCGACAUCAACAGCAAGGGGCAAGGGAUGGCCUUUUUCCUUGCCGCCUACCCGUCUAGCCUCCCGGCCCGCUGCAUCGAUUACAACCUCGCCCUCACCAACCAGAGCGCCGAUGCCGUGGCGACCGGGGACAGCCGGUUCGUGGCGGUGGAGUUUGACACCUACAACAAUACGGUGGUGUCCGAUCCCCGCGAGACCUAUGACCACAUCGGCAUCGACGUCAACUCCCUCCGGUCGGUGAGCACGCUGACCCUGCCGAGCUUCGAGCUGACGGACAACCUGACCGCUAUGGUCGAGUACGACAAUGUUAGCAGCAUCUUGGCGGUGACGGUAUGGGUCGGUGAUGAUAGAUCUGGCCAAGCGAGGGACCGGAAUUACAGCCUUAGCUCCAAGGUUGACCUCAAGAGCGCACUGCCGGAGCAGGUCUCCGUUGGCUUCUCCGCGUCCACAUCCAACGCCAUCGAACUGCAUCAGCUACGCUCUUGGUCCUUCAGCUCUUCAUUGGAACCGCCGCCGCAGUCACCACCACCAGUAGCAACAUCCUCCCCGUCAAGGCCGGGCCCUGGAGUUAUAGCUGGGGCAGCUGCUGGUGCAACAUUGUUCCUCGUGCUCCUCUUUGCUGCCACAGCAGCACUCGUAGUGCGGCGCCGCCGUCGUCGUCGGAAAAUCAUGGAGACGGAGGAGUACUACACAGACUCGGAAGGCGAAGGUGACCCGAUGACAGAGAUCGAGAUGGGGACAGGGCCAAGGCGAUUCCCGUACCAAGAGCUUGUGGAAGCAACGAGGAACUUCGCCGCUGAGGAGAAGCUUGGGCAAGGUGGCUUCGGUGCCGUAUACCGAGGUUACCUGAGAGAGCCACCUGGGCUUGCCGUGGCCAUUAAGAGGUUCUCCAAGCAUGAGUCCUCGCUGCAAGGAAAGAGGGAGUACAAGUCGGAGAUCAAGGUGAUAAGCAGGCUGCGCCACCGGAACCUAGUGCAGCUCCUCGGCUGGAGCCAUGGACGAGAGGAGCUCUUGCUGGUCUACGAGCUCAUGCCCAACCGCAGCCUUGACAUCCAUCUCCAUGGCAAGCAUGGCACUUUCCUAACAUGGCCGAUGAGGAUGAAGAUAUUGCUGGAGCUUGGAUCCGCGCUGCUCUACCUCCACGAGGAGUGGGAGCAAUGCGUGCUGCACCGCGACAUCAAGCCCAGCAACGUGAUGCUGGACGAGUCCUUCAGAGCCAAGCUCGGGGACUUCGGGCUCGCGAGGCUCGUCGACCACGCCGCCGGGACGCAGACGAUGACUGCAGUCUCAGGGACUCCGGGCUACCUAGACCCCCAGUGCAUCGUCACCGGCAGGGCCAGCACCGAGUCCGACGUGUACAGCUUCGGCGUGGUGCUGCUUGAGGUGGCGUGCGGCAGAAAGCCGAUGAGCAUGAUCCCGUCAGAUGAGGACCAGCAGCGCAAGAACGGCGGCGUCUUCCGGCUGGUCGAGUGGGCCUGGGGCUUGUACGGCCAGGGAGCCAUCCUCGAGGCAGCCGAUGAGCGGCUCAACGGAGACCACGACGCGGCGGAAGUGGAGAGGGUGAUGGUCGUCGGUCUCUGGUGCACACACCCGGACACGACCGCUCGGCCGACCGUCCGGGAAGCCAUGGCCACGCUCCACAACUGCAGCCAGCUGCCGGUGCUCCCCUCCAAGAUGCCGGUGCCGACAUACGCACCACCGCCGCUCACCUUGGGCGACGAAGUUGGGCUGUCGACGUCGCUGACGUCGUCCAGCUCCAGCGUGCCGCCACCAACCUCUGGUGCAACAACGACCAUUUCCUCUGACGCUAGCACCUCGACGGCCAGUUCAAACAAGGCCUCUUCUUCCCUACUGAAACAUCAGUACUAGUGCUAGUCAUUUAUUUAGUUUAUGGAGUGCGUUUGAUUUGUUCUUUUUCUCUUUCCCGAUGCAAACUUUUGAUUUGUUAUAUCGGGAGUGUUGGACCACUCGUUGUCAUAUAUAGCAGGUGGAAUAUGCAUGGUUCAAAGUCAGUAACUGUUGUCAGCCGACGAUCUA